GAGAUCCAGACAUACCACCAGCGAAGCCUGAUGGAGAAGGAGCUGCUCUUCUUCAGCUACGACAUCUUUGGCAUCCCCUUCGUGGACCCGGACACAUGGACUCCUGAAGACGUGAUACCAAAAAGGCUGCGAGAGAAACAAAAGGUGGAGCGGGAGACAGCAGCACGCAUCUCUGAGGAGAUCGGCAACCUCAUGAAGGAGAUUGAGACGCUGGUGGAGGAGAAAGCCAAGGAGUCUGCUGAUAUGAGCAAGUUCAUCCGAGAAGGUGGCCCCUUGGUGUAUGAAGGAGCCAGUGUCACCAUGAACUCCAAAACCCUGAAUGGCUCCCAGCGCGUUGUGGUGGACGGGGUCCUUUCUGCUGAGGAGUGCCGGGAUCUGCAGAGACUCACCAACGCAGCUGCCUCGGCUGGGGACGGCUAUCGUGGGAAGACAUCUCCUCACACCCCCAGCGAGACCUUCUACGGUGUGACUGUCCUUAAGGCCCUCAAGCUGGGCCAGGAGGGCAAGGUGCCCCUGCAGAGCGCCUACCUCUACUACAACGUGACGGAGAAAGUGCGGCACAUGAUGGAGUCCUACUUCCGCCUGGAGGUCCCGCUCUACUUCUCCUACUCCCACCUGGUGUGUCGCACGGCCAUCGAUGAGAAGCAAGAGGGCCGGAGUGACAACAGCCACGAGGUGCACGUGGACAACUGCAUCCUCAAUGCAGAGGCUUUGGUGUGCGUGAAGGAACCUCCAGCCUACACCUUCCGGGACUACAGUGCCAUCCUCUACCUCAAUGGGGACUUUGAAGGAGGAGCUUUUUACUUCACAGAGCUGGAUGCCAAGACCGAGACCGCAGAGGUUCAACCACAGUGUGGUCGUGCUGUGGGCUUCUCCUCCGGUUCGGAGAACCCCCACGGGGUGAAAGCCGUGACCAAGGGCCAGCGCUGCGCCAUCGCCCUCUGGUUCACCCUGGACCCUCGGCACAGCGAGCGGGAGCGCGUGCAGGCGGACGAGCUGGUGAAGAUGCUUUUUGGCACCGAAGAGAGGGAUUUGCUGCGGGAAAUGGAGCCGUUACCCCCGGCUGCCGUCGUGGUGGGGAAGGACGAGCUGUGA